AAUCCCCAGUUGCUCCAUGAUUACUCGUACAUACGAGAAUUUCGAGGUAGUCGGCCGCAGUCGGCCAUUCGCAAUUGUGAUUUGCUGGAAGGCAGGCUCGCGUUUCGGGUGAUAUUUCUGACUUUUUUUCAAUCGCAUCUCGUAUAUCCAACAUUGCAAGGUUCACAUUAUGUCAGUGUAUGCAACCUAGCAGUUUCGCAUAUCGCAAACGAAUGUUUUGUCCCGUAUUACUUGGUCAAAAGUCCAUCGCCAGUGAACUCGACAACUGGUCUCGACGCGGAAUAAUAUCGUUUUCCUCCAAAUCUUACUGACUGAUUUUUGGGAACCAGUCACCGAAAACUUCCAUCAUUCCGUCAUCAACCAAGAGCCAACCCGUAGGGUGGCAAUCUUCUGUUAAGGGUUGUAUCUGCGAUAGGCUGGUUGGCCAGUCUCCUGGUGGACCACUAAUCAGCAGCGGCAACUGGAAAUUGGCAUUGAACGCAGAGCCCCCGUGGCUUUGCUAGCACCUCCUCGCUGAUUACAAUCUUAUUUUAACCUGCUUCCUGACGAAACGUCCGUCUCUCAUUGACAGCUGCCUCAUUGCUGCCUAGCACCUACAGAGCUACGUAUUAUUCAGCAACCUUUCCUCUUUAUCAAUAAAUUCAGAAUCAUGAAGGUCACCAAUUGUGACGAACGCAUUCACGUUCUGGACAGUUCUGCUGAUGUUAUGACUGUUAUCAGAGACAUCAGCAAUAGUGGUGUGCAAGAAGAAGCCUUUUAUGUUCUCGACAUCGGAGACAUCGUUCGCAAGCAUCAAAUUUGGAAAGAAAAGUUGCCUCGAGUUGAGCCAUACUAUGCUGUAAAAUGCAACGAUAACCUCACAGUUCUUGAAGUACUCGCCGCCCUUGGGGUUGGAUUUGAUUGUGCAUCAAAGUCUGAGAUCAACAAGGUUUUGGGUAUUGGCGUUGACUCCUCUCGAAUCAUUUUUGCCAAUCCGACCAAACCUGCCUCUCAUAUUCGUCAUGCUUCAGCAAUGGGUGUUGAUACCAUGACUGCUGAUAACGAGAGUGAACUUCAUAAGAUUAAAAAGCUGCAUCCAGUUGCUAAGGUGGUGAUUCGUAUCCGCUGCGAUGCUGAAGUUGCACAAUGCCUGUUAGGUAUGAAAUUUGGCUGCGAUCCAACUCACGAAGCUCCAAAGCUUCUUCAUAUCGCCCGCAUGCUGGGACUGAAUGUGGUGGGAAUCAGCUUUCAUGUGGGAUCCGGUUGUCAAGAUCCUCCUGUUUUCCAGAGAGCCAUACGUCACGCCAGGGUUCUCUUCAAUUUGGCUUUGGAUCUUGGCUUCAAGCCGUAUUUACUUGAUCUUGGAGGUGGUUAUCCAGGAGCCACAGGAACUUCCAUCGACAAAAUUGCUGAAGUCAUAAAUGAGGCAUUAGUGGAAUGCUUCCCAACUGAAGAUGUCCACGUCAUCGCUGAACCUGGUCGCUUCUACGUGGCUUCUGCUUUUACUCUGGCAACAAGUAUCCAUAGCAAGCGAUAUGUGCGCCAAGAUCCAACAUCACCAAAUACCGUCACACAUGUAAUGUAUUACAUCAAUGAUGGGGUUUACGGUUCUUUCAACUGCCUUCUGUACGAUCAUCAACGUGUCACUCCUCUUCCACUCAAGAAAGCCUGCGGAAAGAUGAUUCAGUCAAGUAUUUGGGGACCAACAUGUGAUGGCCUUGACCAAGUUGUUGAAAAUGUUUUACUGCAAGAUAUGGAUCUGGGAGAAUGGAUCAUUUUCGAAAAUAUGGGUGCAUAUACUUUGCCUGUCGCAUCUCAGUUUAAUGGAUUUCCUGUGCCUAAGGUCCAUGUUGUUGCAGAUGAAAGCGUUUGGCUCCUGCUUAAGGAUGCGUUUCCUCUCACCGAAGAUCAUUUUGUUAUUGGCAACACACCGGCUACUUUGCGACUUGGUCUUGAUAUUGGUGGCACAAAUAUGGAUACCUGGAACAAUUCUGGGAUCGACUUGGCUCCACCAGAAAUGUUGGCUGCAUCCCCUGUUGCUACAGCUUCCUUCUUAUACGAUUACGUCGACGUCGAUAGAAUUGAUUAAAAAAAAAUAAGAAAAGUAAUUCCAACCUAAAGACUCGUUAAAUACUGCUCGAUGCUUUAUACAAAACAAUGGCGUGUUCAACUGGUUAUCGAGUGUCUAUUGCAUCGCCAUAUACACGAAGCCAAUGCAAUGGUUUUCGUGGUCUCAUGUAUUUACUUGUAAACACAACUUAUUCCAUAACUAAAAACUUUCACAAUCAAUUUUGUACCAAUUAUAGACAAGGGAUUGACAAAUUGACGUGAACGAUAUUUAUUUAUUUAUUUUUUUAUUCAAGUAAAGUUCAUACAGCUAAUUUAAUUGAGCAUCAGCAGCGUGGAUCAAUUACAAGCUAAAUUACUUGGGUCUCUUUGCUAUUUUGAAAUUCCUUAAUUUAGUGCUUUCAAACGAGUCUUUAAAUAAUGAUUCCAGGUAGAGUGUUGGGUCUUUCAAGUGCAAUAGGCAGGCAAGUGUGAUCAGCAAAAACAUUACUAAUGUAUUGACAAUAUAAUUUUAUGAGAACUUAUCACGGAUCAAAAUGACAAUUCCUAAUGCUGAAUGUCCUAAUAUUGAAGUGUGUCUGUAAGUCAUUUUUAAAAUUCCUUGGGUAUUUGGCUGUUUUAAAAAUUGAAAUUAAUGACUUAUAUGAAAAUUUCGUAGAUAUUUCGGAUAUUCUGGUUCCACUUGAAAUAAGCAGAUAAAAAGUCUACCUUCUAGCUUAUGAUUAAAUAGUAAUGUACAAUUAUUAGCAAGCAUUUAAUUAGAAUCUCUGAUAGAUUUUAGUUUUGAAUGUGAACCGGAAAGCACUCGCAUUGAGACCAUAUAUUAUGUAUUGCCCGAUCUAAUUUCAAUUGUGCCACUCCCUCAUUUGUUUCUAAAUUAAAAAAAACGAAAAUUUUGAUUCCAAUAUGAAAGUAAAAUAAUAACACUAGAAGAUAAAAAUCACGUGUAUUUUAAAUGGAAAACUUUGCGUCGUUACAGUGGAUGGUAAAAAUCAAGUUAGAACAUUUACGUUCGGCUGAAAAUUAUUGUUUUUUCAUUUAGAAAGAGGUGAGGGAGCGACAGAAUUUAAAUUCCAACAUCGGGUAAAUAAGAACAACCCUAAAAUAUACAACGGUAAAUUUGCCUGCUCCGGCUUUAUAUCAGAAUUAUGUCCAGUGUCAAAAUCUCUCAUUCUUGAAAAUACAUCUCUUACAUUUCUUAAAGAUGACACAAGAAUUCAAAAAUGAUUUAUGAUUAAUAUUAUAGCGUAUUAAUAUGAUUAUAUUCAUUUAUUAUCACCUUGAGCCGGCCGGUUGAGGCUUGAAUACAUUUAAAAAAGCUCAUUAGCUAAUGAAAAUACUGAGAGUAGCAACUGGA